AUGCUUGGCUCCCGAUAUCUCUUGGGCGAGAAACUCGGCGGAGGGAGCUUUGGCGAAAUAUAUGUUGCCGAGAAUGUAAACACUUCCGAAGAAGUUGCAGUUAAGGUUGAAAUGAAAAAUAAUAAAAUUCAACUUCUAAAAAAUGAAUCGGCAAUAUAUCGAUUACUUCAAGGUGGAGUAGGUAUACCUAAUAUUAAAUACUAUGGUUCUGAUGACAAUCAGAAUGCUCUAGUCAUGGAUUUAUUAGGAAAAUCUUUACAAACAUUAUUCAACGAGAACGACAAAUCUUUUUCAAUUAAGACAGUCUUAAUGAUUGCAGACCAAAUGAUUACGAGAGUUGAAUAUCUUCAUCAUAAAAAUUUAAUUCAUCGCGAUAUUAAACCAGACAAUUUCGUAAUAGGAAAGGGAAAGAAGUCCAACCAAAUAUAUAUGAUUGAUAUGGGCAUUUCAAAGCCAUAUUGUGAUAGAUACACUCAUGAACAUAUAAAAUUUUGCACAGGGAAAUCGGUAUCAGGAACAAUUAGAUAUACUUCAAUAAAUUCUCAUAUGGGACAUGAGCAAUCUCGCCGUGAUGAUUUAGAAAGUGUUGCGUAUGUUUUAGUUUAUCUUUUGAAAGGAACACUUCCUUGGAUAAACGUCCAAGCUUCAAACAAAACCGAAAAGAACCAAAUGAUCAGAGAUCUUAAGAUCAAUACUCCUAUUGAGAAAAUAUGCGAAGGAAUUCCACAAGAAUUUGCAGAUUUCUUAAGCUCUGUAAGAUCUCUUUCUUUUGAAGAGAAGCCUGAUUACGCCAAAUAUAGGAAAAUGUUUAGAAAACUGUUCAUUAGAGAAAAUUUUGUUUAUGAUUUCCAAUAUGACUGGAUGCUUCCUAAACAGACAAAAGUAAUUCCACAGCCUGCAGUAGCUAAUGACACUCUAGAAUGCAAAAACUCUGCAACUUGCGCUUUACCUCAUAUUUUAAAGCCUAAACAAGGAAUUUCACAUUACAAAGCAAGAGAACGUUUGCACCCAAAGAUUUCAAGGGGUGUACAUUCAAAUUUAUGCACAAAUAGAAAAAAUGUUCAUUAA